AUGAAAGUCGUAGCUGUGGAGUUGAUUAUCUUAUAUUUUUUUGUUAUUUGCAUUGGUGGAGAGGAAGAGGGCGGCAAAUGCAGGUUAGUGGCGGACGUCGGGGGGUUUGCACACAUAAAUGUUUCGUUAUGCUACCUACAUUGCUUGUCAAAUGCAUUAAACAAAUUAUACACUGAUGGAGAGCAGAGGCUGUUUGUGAAUGAAGAAGUAUACGCAAAUGCGUCUCGUAUAUUAGAUGAUAUGGAAGGGAAAACAGGCGAAAGCACAACAUACUUGAGUGUUUUCAGCAGCUCAAUGGGAGAACAAAAUGAUAAAUUGGAAAAACUUAUAUCCUAUGGAAAUGAAAUGGGGGACCUUGUAGCUAAGGUGGGUGGAUUAUUUGCUGAGGUUAAUGAGAGUGUGAGGGAAGUCAGGAACGAAUUACCCAAUACUCUCAUCAAAGCGAAUAAAUACUAUACAGCCAUUGCUGUGAUUACAAAGACUGUUUGGAAUGACGUGAAGGCAGUAGGGCUGGAUUCCGAUAUGGCUAAAUGUAGCCGUCAAGAGUUUAGCGCCGUUGAAAACUUUGAGGCUAGUUGUGGUGACCAAACCUGUCCUCUAGAAAACAGCGUGACUGAGAGUUCCCUUCAAAAGUAUAAGGAUGGCUGUCUCACAAUAACGAUACUAAAUGGUUCCGUAAGCGAAUGCCUUAAUAGACUGAGGGACAACUUAUAUAGGAGUGGCGCCGUGCAGAGUUCAAGAAAAAUAUUGGAGUGGAGAGGCGAAGACCGGCAUGGUGCCUUCUAUUUUCAACUGACGCUCGAGAUACAGCAAAUUUUCUCCACCCUCAUCACACCUUUUGCUGCUGGGAAACCGCCUUUCGCGCUUCUGGAUAUGAUGGCAAAUAUUACUUCCCUCAAUUCCCACUUUAACUGGGUCCAUGGAAACUUCACUUCGCUGCUACUUGACAUUGGUGUUGCUGGUAAUGUGAGUAAUACUAAUUCCACCAUUUGA